CAUUGGGUGGCACCUGAAUACCUGAACAGCAGCAAAGAGCACUCCCCCCUUCCUUACAUUUACUUUGCAGAAUGGGGAUUUCUUUACCUGGCUUUCUCAAGUGCUGUGGAAGAACAGACAGCAAGGAUCUGGGUACAGAGGUGGAAAAUACAGAUGAGAACAAGGAACGUGGGAACUGGUCCAGCAAGUCUGAGUACCUGCUUUCCAUGGUGGGAUAUGCUGUAGGGUUAGGAAAUGUGUGGCGAUUUCCUUACCUCACCUUCCAACAUGGAGGAGGUGCUUUUCUUAUCCCAUACAUUAUCAUGCUUGCCUUUGCUGGUCUACCUCUGUUUUCUGGAAUGUUCCCUUGGCCAGUUUUCAAGCUCAGGACCAGUAGCUAUGUGGAAAGUCCUCCCAAUUUUUGAAGGUGUGGGAAUCACAAUGGUCCUCAUUUCCACUUUGGUCACUAUCUAUUAUAAUGUCAUCAUUGCCUACAGUCUGUAUUAUUUAUUUGCCUCCUUUACAAGUGUAUUGCCAUGGUCAGAAUGCUUUGAAUGGGCAGAUGAAAAAUGCAGCAAGACACCGAAAGUACUCUGCAAUGUAACUCUAGGUCACGAUAUUGAAAUGGUAAAUCUGACAUGGGUGAAAGCAAACAACUAUACUUGUAUAGCAAAUUCAACUUUAUAUCUAGAGACUGAACUUCCAAGCAAGCAAUACUGGGAUAAAGUGGCUCUGAGGCGUUCAGGUGGACUGCACGAGACCGGUGAUGUUGUAUGGUACCUGGCUCUCUGCCUUCUAUUAGCAUGGAUAAUAAUUGGAGCUGCAUUGUUUAAAGGAAUAAAGUCAUCAGGCAAGGUGGUUUACUUUACCGCAAUAUUCCCAUACGUUGUCCUGCUUAUACUCUUAAUUCGAGGUGCAACACUGGAAGGAGCAUAUGAUGGCAUCAGUUUUUACAUUGGAACACAAUCAGAUAUUUCAAAACUAUCCAAUUCGGAUGUUUGGAAAGAUGCUGCCACUCAGAUAUUUUUUUCCCUGUCAACUGCAUGGGGAGGACUCGUGGCAUUGUCAUCCUACAACAAAUUCCACAACAAUUGCUAUGCUGAUGCCAUCAUGGUCUGUGUCACAAACUGCUUAACUAGUGUGUUUGCUGGUUUUGCCAUAUUUUCAAUCCUUGGACAUAUGGCCUUUAAAGCUGAAAAAGAAGUAAAAGAUGUGGUAGAUUCAGGAUUUGCAUUGGCAUUUAUUGCAUAUCCUGAAGCAUUGUCUCAACUGCCUGUAGCACCCCUAUGGUCAAUCUUAUUCUUCUUCAUGCUACUGACAUUAGGGCUGGAUUCCCAGUUUGCAUCUGUUGAAACAAUAACAACUACCAUCCAUGAUGCCUAUCCCAAAGUGAUGAAGAAAAUGCGAGGAAUUAUCACUGUAGCAGCCUGUGUAAUGUUCUUCUUUCUCGGUAUUCUGUGUGUCACCCAGUCAGGAAUUUACUGGGUUGAUCUGAUUGAUUAUUUUUGUGCUGGAUGGGGAAUCCUCAUUGCUGCAAUUCUGGAACUCAUAGGAAUCUGUUGGAUUUAUGGUGGCAACCGAUUUAUUGAAGAUAUUGAGAUGAUGAUUGGAAAGAAGCACUGGGUCUUUUGGCUGUGGUGGAGACUCUGCUGGUUUUUCAUAACACCCCUACUAUUAACAGUUAUCUUCAUCUGGUCACUGGUGACCUUUGACACUCCUAAGCAUGGUAAUGUUGCUUACCCAUCCUGGGGUGUUGCCCUGGGUUGGUGCAUGAUCAUUUUCUGUAUCAUCUGGAUUCCUAUACUUGCUGUUGUAAAAAUAAUAAAGGCUGAGGGAACCCUUUGGGAGCGCUUCUUGAAGAUAUGUGCUCCAACGCCAGAGUGGGGCCCUGCUUUGGAACAGCAUCGUCUGGGAAGGUAUAAAACAACAGAUAAUCUUCAUAAGGCCAGGAAUGCAAUGGAGAUCACAACCAUCGAGGGAGGCUUGUCGGGUUACGACAACAAAGCAUUCUCCUAAUAUAGACAAUGCCUUGUAUAAGGACAAGACUAAAACUACUAUGUGCUUCAAUGGAGUUUGCCCAACAUAUUGUGCCUGAAAUUAUAGACCGGAAAAAAAGACACAUAGAAUAUUUCCAUGGAAUUCACUCCAUUUGCUGUUUUGUUACAAAGCAACUUUAUGGAGCACCAAAAAGAAUUCGAUGUUCUUUAUACUCACAAUAGUUGUGAUGUUCAGCAGGUAGUAGAUUAAAGGGAGCCACGUUAAAGUGGACUAGCAUUUUAAAUUGUACUUUGUACUUUACCACUGCUCAUAUUGGUUCAUGUAUAAUAUGUAAUGUACAUUAAUAGAACCUCCUUAUAAAAUAAUUCCUAGCGUAAUGUACUGUAUGAUAUGUAGAAUAGGUGAAGGCUAUUUACUUUUACAAACAUGUAAUAAGUUUACCUGGAAAUCUUACUGUUGGGGUACUUUUUUCAGAAAAUAUCUUUUUCCUGGAACAAUUACUAUAAUUUGUAUUUACUUCAACAUACCUGCUUUUAUUUACAGUGCCAAUAAUGUUUAACUGUUGCACUUGACAUUAUUUUAGAAGUUUUUAAGAAAUUUGAAAUACUUGAAAUAUUAAAAAUCAUUUUGCAGGCA